AUGAUGUCGUAUGAUUUGACGGUUCAAUUUUGUCAGCAGCAAAAUUUUUUUCAUUGUCAUAGAUGUCAUAGUUGUUAUUAUAUGAUGGAAAAUGAAGAAAAAGAAGAUUUACUCGUUGAAAUUAGAGAAAGCGAAGAAGAGACGUGCGAUAAGGAAGAAAUCGAUUACUUCAUAGAAAAAAAAAUCUUAGAUUUUGUACACAAAGAUGAUCAAAUUCCGAAAUCGAAUCGUAAAACGAUUCUAUUCAUAUUAACAUGUUCAUUAAUAUUUGUUUCAUCGUCCGUUUUGGUCAUCGUAGUUCCGAUAUAUUUAAAAUAUUCAUCGUUUUACAGUAUAUCAACGUAUAGUAAACUUUUUACUAUAUCCUCAGUUAAUGUCAUACUAUUCGGAAUAACUCAUAUGGUUGUUUUCAUACCGAAAUGCGAUUGUCAAACAUCACCAAAUCACACUCUUUGCUUUUCCGAAAUAUUAAAAGUGAGUUUUCUCUUAUCAAUCGGAAGCAUAGCAAUUUUUUGGUUCAUGGAUGGAAAUUAUGUGAGGUGUCACUUGGAGGAUCCACUCAAAGGCAGCUGUCUUGUGUUUUCUCUAUUUUUUUAUUAUACUUUUUCCAGGAAGAAGAUGAGUCUUGAAAAAACCUUUUGUGCCAUAACAAUAAUUGUAGGAGUUUUUGUAAGCGUCGAUUUUGGUUUGUGCGAUAAAUUUCGUUGUAAUGGAGUUUCAACAAUGACCGAAGUCACACCGAAAUUACAUUUUUUAUAUGUUAUUUUGUAUUUAUUGUUUCACGGGAUUUGGAUAUUGCAUUUUACAUUUAUUGAAGUUUGUUGGACAUCAUAUGAGGAUUCUAAUUCAAGUUUUAAUGUUUCAAUAUUGUCGAAUGUUUUCAAUGAUGAAAAUACACAAAGUGACAAUUUAAAACAUUCCAUUCAAAGUCUUUCAGUCAUUUAUCAAGAUGGAGAAUCUAAUUUGGGAGGAGUUAAAAGUAAAACUUUGAAUAAAACAAAAGACAUUAAGAAAUCCAUGAUGAUAAAUUCAAAAUGUCAAAGCGGUAGCAAAUUAAUAAAUGGAAAAAUAAUAAAUAAUUCUCCAAUACGCUCAACAUCUUGUCUGAGUCGAUUAUCUCUAUGCGAUAUUAAAAAAUUUCCAAUCACAUCAACUCCUAAAAAUGAUAAUGGAAAAUGGCAGACGUGGUCUUCUGGUGUUUGUUACGAUGUCGCUUUGUGGCAACACAUAACAUGUUGGUUAUUAAUAUUGGGUUUUUGUUGGAUGCCAACGAUGGAAUUUUUCAACGAUGGUAAAGGAAAACUAUUAGUGGAUGUUAUAAGUGAUAUAAUCGAUUCAUUUUAUUGUCACAUCGGAUUAAGCGACAGUAAUAAAUGUUACACUUUGUCGGUUGUUACGAUCGUUUUUGUUUUUUCAUACGUGACGUUAAUAUUAUCAUGUUUAGAAUUAAUGAAAAAUAUACAAUCCGCCAUUACUGUCGUCUCGAUCAUGAUGCCCGCUCUUCCAAUCUCAAGUUUAUUUUGGUGUUUAUUUCACAUGAACGAUGAUUUCACGAAUUUUUUGGAAUUCAAACCGGAAGUUACUGGAGAAGCUGUUUGUGCAAUUUUAGGACUUCCAAUAAUCGGAAUCGGUAUAGUACUUUUAUUAAAAUCUCACAUUAGAGAAUUUAGGCUGAUGUUGAUGUAA